AUGAAGGUGCCUCAAGCGCAGUUUAGCAACAACUCAUCAGUCCACCGCCGUCGGUGGUAUCACAUCCUGACCGUCGUCUCACUCACGCUGGUAUUUGGGUUGUUCCAACUACGACUUGCAAGUUCUUCAACCAACACACCUCCAAGUACACCAGAGUUCUAUCACAAUAUCUCUACAAGCCGCCUGUGUGGCUCCGUCUCGCAUUCUGGUCAUAUAGGUCUAGCGGGGGACAGCGAACAGUCUCCUAAACGAUCUUUUUUUUGGUACUUUGAAGCGGAGGAGGACCCAUGGGAUGCACCAAUUAUACUUACUGUCGGUGGGGGACCGGGAACCAGUGGACUGAUGAAUCCUCUCUUCGGACAGUCAGCAUGUCUCGUCACUGAACAUGGCCUAUCCGAGAAUCCAAAUCGGUGGACUCAAAAACACAAUCUGAUCGCGCUUGACCACCCUAUCGGAGCGGGAUUUUCAUACGGCUCUCGAGUCAACAGCAGUCACGCCGCUGCUCUCGACGCCUACGACUUUUUGCAGAAGUUCUUUGUGCUCUUCCCACACCUUUCCGGCAACAAGUUCUUCGUGUCUGGAGGAUCGUAUGGAGGUGUAUAUGUCCCCCAUAUCGCGAUCGUCAUUCACGAAGAAAAUCAACGCAUCUUGGAAAAGAACUCCUACAAGCGGGUUCACAUCAAUCUGGAUGCACUCAUUCUCAGUAAUCCCUUUACGAGUCCAAGAGCUCAUUUUUCGUGGCUACUGCAAUAUCGCUGUUCCGACCACCACAUAUAUAACACCACUGAUUGUGACCGACUCUACUCCUUGCUACCCAAAUGUCUUGACAGCAUCGAGCUCGCUUUCCAAGAGCCAACAGUGAAAAACCGUGUUGCCUCCUCAAAGCUAUGCUACGACGGCUUGAAUGCGGACCUUCACGGAACUGUACAAGAAGAUAUACGACGGAAGUGCAUACCCCAAAACGACGCUCCAGAUGCCUGCCAUCCCGAGUUCAAUUGGAUAUUCAAGGCACUCAACGAUUCCGAUACUCGUCAAACACUAGGCGUCCCCUCGCAUCUGGAAUAUGUUCCCAUCAAUAUGCAAGUGAACGCUGAGUUUCAUGAGGCCGGAGAUCUCAUACAACAGCAUCAUCUCUUGUACCCGCCAUUGAUUGCUGCGGGUAUACGUUUACUCCAUUACAUUGGCAUGCAAGACGCGAACUGCCCUUGGCCGGGAACCGUGUCAUUCCUUAACCUUCUCCCAACAACCUUCCGUGACGAAUUCAACACAGCCCCUGAACUUCCGUGGCCAUCUGAAGAAGCUGGAACCGUCCGCAGCGCGGGUUUGGGUGCCGGAAAUGUCACUCUUAUCCUUCUUCGCGAGGCUGGACACUUCACAGUGAAAGAUCAACCCGCCCUAGCAAAGACCAUUGUUGAACAUUGGGUAGCGAACGAGCCGUUUCUCUAG